AUGGACUCGGUUACAAAUUUUUUCUGGAAUGACACCUAUAAUGCUGGUACUACAACAAGGUCAACGCUCAAGGGGAAAAAAGUGCAAAGUGGCAUAGACGGAAAAAGCCAAGCGAAGAAGGACAGUAUAUCUAGUAGUGCUAAAACUGGUGAUUCUAUGCGUGGUAGCCUGCCAUCUUCCAGUGGUCAAUCAGCUAGUGGUGGUGGUUUUACCUCGACAUCUAACAUCCAAAAGAUGAUGGCGGAUACUUUGGUGGAAAAGAUAAUCAAGAUGGCUUUACCACCAUCUUCGAAGACGGCAGUUGAUACGAUUCAUCAUCGUAUGGUUGCUGGUAAAGAGAGGCCUAAAUUGUCUGUACAAAUCACGAGUAGGAAUUUUAUACAGAUGAACUCGAGACUAGGGGUACCAUUCAUGAUUAUGGAUGAACUUAUAAAGAUAUUAAAUUGGGUUAACCCAGCGUACACAGUAUCUAUCAUGUUCUUAUACACGUUCAUCAUAUUGAAACCUUUCCAAAUGCUUUCCUCUCUCCCUAUUUUCUAUUUACUAUUCUGCGUAAUGGUCCCGCAGUACCUUUACAUUCAUAAGCCAAACCCGACGCACUACUUAGAUAAUAAUCAAACACCAGCGCAGGGACCGCCUUUGCGGAGACCUGAAAUUCCUAAGCCUGUUCCUGAACUGAGCCAAGAAUUUGUUUUAAACCUCACGGAUUUACAAAACCAUAUGCUGUUAUAUGUUAAAUUUUACGAUUUUACCUUACUCAUAUUACAAAAGUUUGCGUUCUUCACCAACGAGGCGAUUUCGUCGUUUUAUUUCAUUGUAUUGUUGAUAACAGCCACGUUAAACUUUCUGUAUAUGGAUAAAUUUAUCCAGCUCAUUCCAAUCAGACCCGUAUUGAUACUGCUCGGUUGGUGUUUUUUUAUUGCCUCGCAUCCGUUCAACCGUGAAUAUUUGUUAACCAAAUUAAAUUCAGAAGAGACAAGAUUAAAAACUUUGACUGUAAGUACCAAUCUGGAAUCUAAGAUCCUGCAGCAUUUAAAGCUCAUUGAGGCCAGGGAACACCGAUUGGUUAUGAUCUUUGAGAUCCAAAAGUAUCUUCCUGAAUACAAAGAAUGGCGCCCAAUCGGAUUUUCUGAUGACGACUAUUCUCUUUUCUCCAAUUUGAGAAUAUACCAGAGACGCAUUGAGGAAAAUUCAGUGAGAUCAUUAGAAGAAAUUGAGCCACCUAGGGAUUGGGAAUGGGAAGCAAGUUCUCACUGGGUGCUUGAUUUGGAUCCAAAAGAAUGGGUGGAGGACGAAUUUAUUCAGUAUGUCGAGAUAGAUUCAGAGACAAAAUGGGUUUAUGACCUCAAUCUUGACGGACAAAGAGGCUCAUAUAGAAGGCGGAUGUGGACCAAUAGUUGCGUUCGGAAGAAACUAGAUUCCGGUAUUUCUGCAAACUCUGACGAAGAAGAAGUAAUCAAUCCCUUGAGAGAAGAAACAUAUAGGCAAGGUGUACAUGGUGUGACGAAGGGUUCAAUGAGUGGCGGCCUAACUCACAGUAGUGAUGAUGACAACGAUGAUGAUGAAAAUAUAAACGACACUAUUCCUAACCUAAACAAUGCAGAUGCAGAUGCAUCUUAUCCAUCAAUUGAAGAGCUCACAGACACUCUCAACGCAACUAUAUAA